GUGGGGUAGGGGGUGUGGUCUGUGGACCUCUGGGCAAACAAUUGAUGAGACUGGAAGGAAAGGUAUUUGUGAAUCCUUUGAAGUAUUCUGCAAAAGUUUAUGUGCAUUUCUCCAGGGAAAAUGUGCUUUGCUUGCCUUGCUAGUAUCUUAGAGGGGUCCGUGACCUAAAGAAGGUUAAAGAAAGCACUAAAUUUGUAUUUUUAAUUGAUCAUUUCCACCCCAACAGGAAAAUUUCUCCUAGAUCUGUUCUUGUUUGCUACUGUACUUGAAGCCCUUCAGUCCAUCACGGUCUAAAUGGAGGUGGGUGGGAGAGAAUGACACAGAGAAAGAUCAGGUAUGGUUGCAGAAGUACAGGAAGAAGGACUGGUUCCAGACAGAGCUGGCAUUACAAUCCCAUCUACCAACUUAUCAGCUGUGGCCUUGACCUAGGUACUUAACUGCUCUCUGCCUCAGUUUCUUCUUCUGUAAAAUGAAGAAAAGUUGAGGUUCAAAGGUCAAUUGUGUAAAGUAUGUGUGGAGCACACAAGAUGACACUGUUAUUAUGGAGAAGUCUUAUCCUGCAGUCUCAGACAGUCCCUAACUGAUUUCUCUGUAUUCUUGGGCUGAGCCCAAUUUUCAAGGCUGGUAGGAUAGGUUGGGCAUCAGACCUCUCCAAUGAUUUAAUUGAACACGGUUGAGCUGGGAUUUCCAAAACCCUCAGGGCCAAACUCACCUUUUCACUGCCGAUUCCCCUUUCCUUCUGUCUCUUAGUACUCCCCCCAGGGCUCAAUGAUUCUUGACAAAAGCUCUAGUUCACUUUAGGAGAGCAGAAAGGGAGAGGAAAUGAUCUUCCAAAAUUAAAGAUGAAGACCUUCACUUAGUAAGGUUGUAGUUCAACCUUUUGGCCUCUAGAGGGCAGUGUGGAUACGUUCGCCUCAGGUUCACAGCCAGCCAAUAGCAAAGUAAGUUUUCAGUACUGCACCAAAGGAUGAAAGGAUAAUGGCAAACGUAUUCUUAGUGCUCUCCACUGUGUGAUUAUGAGCGAUUAUAAUCUUUAUACUUGGGGGUAUUAAAAUAUUGUUCUAGUUAUGACAAUGAUUUUUUAAUUGGCUUAACUAAAAAAAAAGUCGGUAUUUGUAUUGUUCUAUACUUUGGGAAGAAAAUAGACAUGUCCAAGGGAACUAGUCUUUGAACCACUAUUUAAGCUUCGUUUCUGUAUUUAUUCUUGGAUAUAAGAGAAUUGAGCGCUUGACCUUGUUUUCACUAAAAGGCAAACCGGGCUGUUUUAGUUGCAACACAGAUGUUUGUCAAAAACAGGGUAGAGGUGGAGCUCACAGCCGGGAGAAUGCCGGCUGGAUUCCCAGGCCUUCUCAGUGAACGCACCUUGUGUCACAGCCGUAGGGGCAGUGCGGGGGCGUCUCAAAACCUCCCACCUCUCCGCCCAAGCUUUGGAGUCCUCGUCACCUUCCACUGCCCAGUUCUGGACAACAGUGAGAGUCCCAUUCCUUGUCGAGCAGGGAUUGGAAACAAAAAACAGCCAGUCUUAGCUCCGAGCCCUCGUGGCACCCCUCCUGCCUCCGCCUCCAGAAGGCGGGCACAGCAGCUUGCAGGCGCGGCCAGCCAAUAGCUGGGGGAUGAACAGAAAGGCGAGAGUGCUCCUUCACUCGGCCCCAACGUCACGAUGCUGGCCCCGCCCCUUCGCCAGCAGUCUCUGGGAGCCGGGCGGGUAAGCCAGCCACCCUGCGGACGCCGGACGCCGAACCCGAAUCCGCAUUUCGCCAGCAAUUGGGACUCUUCUUACUCUUCCUGGAUUUGGCCUUCCUGGGGUCAGUGAGCUGCUCAAUGCUGUGAGGAACGAACUGCUGCAGGGCAGAGAGGGGGAAAAUUACUUCUUUAGCCCACUCCCUGACACCAAAGCCAUUAACUUCUCCAUUUGCUGAGUUCACGGGAAUGGCAUAGACAAGGUCUGUCACAAUGCUGCUGCACAGGGCUGUGAUCCCCCAUCUCCGACAGGCCUGCAGACUCAAGUCAGCCCCCUCAAGGCUCUAUAUUCGGGCUUGCUCUACAGAUGAUUCACUUCAGCCCCAGUGCCCCAGCCUUGCCUUUUCUGGUGAUAACUCCAGCACCGGGGGAUGGAAAGUCAUGGGGACUCUGCUAGGCCUGGGUGCAGUGUUGGCCUAUCAUGACCACCGGUGCAGGGCUACUCAGGAGUCACCACACGUAUACACAAGAGAGGAAGUGAGAUCUCACAGCAGCCCUGAGACUAGGAUCUGGGUGACUCUGGGCUAUGAGGUGUUUGAUGUUACAGAAUUUGUGGACUUACACCCUGGGGGGCCAUCAAAGCUGAUGCUAGCAGCAGGGGGUCCUCUAGAGCCCUUCUGGGCCCUCUAUGCUGUUCAUAACCAGCCCCAUGUGCGUGAGAUGCUGGCUCAGUACAAGAUUGGGGAGCUGAGCCCUGAAGACAAGGUACCUUCCACCUUGAAGACCUCUGACCCCUACAUUGAUGAUCCCAUACGUCACCCAGCCCUGAAGGUCAACAGCCAGCGCCCCUUUAAUGCAGAGCCCCCCCCUGAACUGCUGACGGAAAACUAUAUCACACCUAACCCUAUCUUCUUCACCCGGAACCAUCUGCCUGUACCUAACCUGGACCCAGAAACCUAUCGUCUGCAUGUAGUAGGGCCACCUGGGGGUCAGUCACUGUGUCUAUCCCUGGAUGACUUGUACAAGUUCCCCAAACACGAGAUCACUGUAACUCUGCAGUGUGCUGGCAACCGGCGCUCUGAAAUGACUCAGUUCAAAGAAGUGAGAGGUCUGGAGUGGAAUAUCGGGGCCAUUAGCACUGCACGCUGGGCUGGGGCACGCCUUUGUGAUGUGUUAGCCAAGGCUGGUCACCAACUCUGUGAAACUGAGGCCCACGUCUGCUUUGAGGGACUGGAUUCAGACCCCACAGGGACUGCCUAUGGAGCAUCCAUCCCUCUGGCUCGGGCCAUGGAUCCUGAAGCUGAGGUCCUGCUGGCAUACGAGAUGAAUGGGCAGCCUCUGCCUCGUGACCAUGGCUUCCCUGUGCGAGUGGUUGUUCCUGGUGUGGUGGGUGCCCGCCAUGUCAAAUGGCUGGGCAAAGUGAGUGUGGAACCAGAGGAAAGUUACAGUCACUGGCAGCGGCGGGAUUAUAAAGGCUUCUCUCCAUCUGUGGACUGGGACACAGUAGAUUUUGACUCAGCUCCAUCUAUUCAGGAACUUCCUGUCCAGUCAGCCAUCACAGAACCCAAGGAUGGGGAGACAGUACAAUCAGGGGAGGUGACUAUCAAGGGCUAUGCAUGGAGUGGUGGUGGGAGGGCUGUGGUCAGGGUGGAUGUGUCUCUGGAUGGGGGCCUAACCUGGCACGUGGCAGAGCUGGAUGGAGAGGAACAGCGUCCCAGAAAGGCCUGGGCCUGGCGACUAUGGCAGCUGCAAGCCCCUGUGCCGGCUGGGAGAAAGGAAUUGAACAUUGUUUGUAAAGCUGUAGAUGACAGCUACAAUGUGCAACCAGACACCGUGGCCCCAAUCUGGAACCUGCGAGGUGUGCUCAGCAAUGCCUGGCACCGUGUCCAUGUCCAUGUUGCCCCAUAAGAAGGUGAAAUGGAAUUACCUACUCCCCAGAAUCAUCAUCUCAACCCCUUUCCACACACAUCCUUUUGCUUUGUUACCACAGGAAAACCUUUCCUUCCACCUCCACUUCUUGGAUCACAACCCUAUACUAUGCCUUCCUAAACCACACACAGAUAUGCACAUUGCACAUUUCCACCCAGACACCAGCUCUCCUUUGACACUAUGUUACAUAUCCCUAUUAUGCCAGAAGUUGAGAGCUGUUGAAGAUGGAGGCUAGAAGUGGGGAAAUUUCUGUAAACAAGCACUCUUCUCCUCCUACCCCACCUCCACUUCUAGUGUCUAUCAUCACUUUAUUUUGCUUUUCCUCUUGGGAGUCUUCAGAGAAUGUGUGUGAAUAUGUGUACAAAAAAUGUAUAUGCAACUUUCUACUGACUUUCUGGUUGCUAGGGGUCGUGAGAGGUGCAAUCCUGCCCCUUUAUAGUUCCACUUUUCUAAACACAUCAAUAAAGUAUCUGUUUAAGACACAA